GUCGAAUGUACAUAUCCUUAGCAUUAUGCUGUGUGUAUGUUGGCCAAGAAUCACAUUUUUCAACCCUGAGCUGUCAGAGUUUCAGACUAAAUUAUGAAACUGUCGUGCGCUAAACUUCCUGCGUAUGCAGCUAUUUUGCCUCGAGCGCAUGCUGCUCGUAACAUUGUAGCAAACUGUUAUUAUUAGCUUGCAAGCUUAGCUGUGCUACAAUGUUGGACGGAAUAACAGAUAACCCUUAUCCUAGCGUUCUCACAACAAAUUAUAUGUAACGUUUUCCAAGAAUCUACGUCACAAUAUUUGUCAUCAAAUCUAAUGGCUCGCUACACUACACAUUUCUUGCUGUUGGAAGACACACCCUCCACAUUUAUUUAUUGCACUUCCGUGCAUCGGACGGGGUAGCACAAGCGUUGAUCACGCCAGUCAGUAGAAUUGGCUAAACAACAUUCUCACGUUUCGAGGAGCGUCUAUGACAGCCCAGCCGUGAAUGAUACAGUAUGUUGUGUCUUUUCUGAAAAUGAAUCGAAACCAAAGGGUAGUCGCAGCACCGGAUUGUGGUAAACAAGCAACAUCAAGUGGAGGCUGGUGGGAGGAGCUAGAGGAGGACGGGCUCAUUGUAAUGGCUGGAAUAGUGUUAAUGGAGCGGAGUAAAACAUGUGAUUUCCAUAUGUUUGAUGUGUUCAAUACCGUUCCAUAUAUUCCAUUCCAGCCAUGUCAGUGAGCCCGUCCUCCUAUAGCCCAUCCCACCAGCCUCCUCUGCUGUAUGUUCUCUUUUGCUCAUAGGACCAACAAUAAAUCCUGACGCUACAGUAUGGCCUGGGCUCUCACAGCAUGGAAUUGGUAUCUUCUCUCUGUCCUAUAGAUUUUUAGGUCAGGUUUUUACAAAUGCUCUGAACAGUUUGUAAUGGACCUAAAACCUCUAUUUCUGAAUAAGCUCCUCCAAUUCACCAGGGUAGGAACCAAGACUCUGUGGAUUUCAGAGUAACGUUACACCAUUUUACCCAAGACCUACUUUCGAGAGGCAGAGGGUGUGCAUUGUCUAAGUGGGAAUGGGAAACUGGUGUUGUCCUGCUGCUAGUCCCUGUGACAAUGUGGAGGAAAUAAGUGGGUUACUUCAUGGGGGUGCCAAGGUUCCAGCAUCCUCAUCUGAAUGUGGAGAGGUCGCUGGAUUCCACAAUGGUUCCGAGGAAGAUUCUGAAGUGAGUUUUGUUUCCAUGGAUGAUUUGUCGCAGGAAAACGGGAGGAGACGAUGCAGAGGAAAAGAAAGACAAAGAGGUGGCUGUUGUGACUAUGCAGGUGGGUUGUCGUGUCCCUCCCAAAACCAAUGGAAAGGAAGACAUUGCCCAGCCCCAGACUAUAGAGAAGAAUGGACUCCUCCAGACAGAAGACAGACAGGCUGACGAGCCGUCUCCCAACACAGGCACUGGACUCAUAGCAAACUCCAUCCUUACAGCACUGGACAAAAGCAUUGAGGAUACAGCCACAGAGAGCACAAAUGUAGAAGCUCAGAUAUGCACUUCAGAUCCUCCCCAGGGUCCCCAUAAGGAAGAUGCGCAAGGAGGAGGAGAUGCAGAGAAGGUCCCGGCUGAGAUGGAUGUAGCUGUACUUGCUGAGCAGGCCUCCACUGUGGUCCAGAAUGCACACUCAGAUAAUAUAACAAUUACACCUGAUGCUAAGGACAAAUGCCCUGAAGCCUUUGCCCUCAAAGCUGAGAUACCAGUAGAAUCCAUUACCUCUGAAACUGUGGAUGAGGAUGCAACAAUACCCCUCCACAAUGCGGUGGAUGUACUGUCAGAGCCAGAGAAGUGUUGUCUUGGCACUGUGGGGGUCACAUCUCUCCCGGACUCCCAGCUCACCCCACCAGAGGCCUGUGAGAAGGCAGCAUCUACUGACAGUGUCCCUCACCUGCCCUCAUCUCCAUCUCCCACUAUCACUGUGAUAAAGGGGGUUGAUGGUAAAGAGAAUAGGAGCUCUGUAGCGCACCUGAAUGACAGUCCACAGGAUCCUGAGGCUUCUCCAGCUUUAACAGAAGCUACGGAGCCCACGCAGAAUGGUCUGGUUCCCCAAAACCUCACUGGACUAGUGAAGGAACCAGUGAGAAUAAGUCCCUCUGGGACCAGCAAGAGUCAAAACUCCUGUGAACAAGCGAAGGAAGGUAUCCAGGGUGGAUUGGUUGAAGUCCCAUCUUUGGAAGACCUCUUAGAUGAAGAAGUGCCAGAAACAAAGGAACAGGAGGAUGAGGAGAUGGAGAGUGCUGCUGCAGGGGCCAUGACAGGGGAUGAGACGGGAGGGGAGGAGGUCCAAAAAAGAGAGGCCCAUCAGGGGCCCAGCACCUCAGCUGAUUUGGAGAUGUUACAAGUGAGGGAAGAAGAUGGUCCUGCUGGGGAGGAUCUGGGCGUUAGCGAGGAAGACCUGUAUCGAGGAGCUGAAGAGCUCCCCCAGGGGCCAGUCAAACAUGCAGGACCGGAGCCACUGCUUGAAAUCACACUUCCAAAGGUUGAGGACCGAUGCAGUCUGGAGCCGAUGGUGGAUAUUAUGUCCUACAGUGAGAGAGAGUGGAAGGGAAACACUGCCAAAAGUACCCUUAUUAGAAAGGGUUACACUGAGCUGUCUCAGAGGUUUGGGAGCCUGAGACGGGUGAGAGGAGAUAACUACUGUGCCCUCCGAGCCACUCUGUUCCAGGUGCUCUCCACCAGCACCCAGCUGCCUGACUGGCUGCAGGACGAACACAUUUCCACGUGGCUGGAGGAGCUGGAGAGCCUGAUUGGCCAGUGGAUGUUCCCCUCAGAGUGCAGACAGAGGGAGGGAAGCGAAGACGCCGCCCAGCAGCUCAAACGAUACAUGGAACUCCUCCAGAACAGGUGGCAGGCGGCGGUGGGCUGCUCCAGUGCGGAGGAGAGACUGCGUCUGUGUGAGCGUGUGUUCCAGGGAGGGGAGGAGGAGCUGGGCCUGCUGGAAGCCCUGAAGCUCCUCAUGCUGGGCCGGGCCGUGGAGCUCCACACCACCAUGCAAGAGGGAGGAGACGUGCCCGUCUUCUGCUGGCUUCUCUAUGCACGCGAUUCCUCCGACUGCCCACGCAGCUUCCUGUCCAACCACCUGAGCCAAGUGGGAUUCAGCGGGGGGCUGGAGCAGGUGGAGAUGUUUCUGCUGGGGUAUGCCUUGCAGUGCACCAUCCAAGUCUACAGGCUGUACAUGGCACACACAGAGGAGUUUGUCACCUAUUUUCCCGACGACCAUAAGGAAGACUGGCCCUGUGUAUGUCUGGUCACAGAGGAUGACCGGCACUACAAUGUCCCAGUGGGCCAGCCCAAUGGACUCCAGGUCCCAGAAGACCUCAAUGCAAGCUGAUUGGACUCAAAGUCCCUGAUUUGCCACUGAAGAAGCUGCUCAUGGCAGGCAGAACAGAAAGCACUCAUGUUGACUGGGUGAACACUGAACAUAUUCCUGCCUAUUGACAUUAUGGCCCCAUUUACACCUGUUGGAAUCUGACUAGAACUGAUGAUUGAAUAGAUAUCAGAUCACAGGAUGCAUUUUUUUUUAAUAGCAGAUGUAAAUGGGUACUAAAACACCCAUAUAGGGUGAGAGCAGAGUAUGCAGAGGUCGAUUCCUCACAGCACAUUUUAGCAUUGUUUGACACUGAAACCUUGACCUUGAAUCAAUUUUAGCUACCAGUUAGUUAUUGGUACUUAAUUUUUUUUUUUAUGUAACUCAUGAAAUACGCAUUUUGAGGCAUUGGUAAGGUUAGCAGUAACUGCAUUUUUGGAGAUGGGUUUAAACUGGAGUACAGAAGGGAGGGGUUUAUUUGAUCAUUUGUCCCUGCGUCAGUGGCAUGCCAGGUCUCUGCUUGCUGCCAUACGUAAAAGGUAUGGUAUUAUUUCAAAAUGUAACAUGCUGCCUUUAAUUAACCAAGGUGCUCUUGGAGAAAAUGCAUUGUGCCACUGUUGUUGCAAAAUCCAGAUACUGGCAACAGUUUCCUGGUUCAUUGUCAAACCAGCAGCCUCUGAGUUGGGUUCUACAUAUGAAGCCUGGCUUGGUCCUCCAUGUUGCCUUAAGUCAUUUAUGCACAAUAUGGGUGAACAUUGGUUGCUGCCUGGAGACCAUUUUGGAAGAAAAGGUUAAAAGCUAACACCACUUGGGUAAACACAUUUCUACAGUGUUCAAUUUGUGCAGUAUGAUUGCAGAGUUUUAAAGGAAAUAAAAUCAAUAUUUUCAAAAUAAA